AUGCCGAGUCUUGCUGUUGCUGCCACUGGCACAAACAUCCUGCGUCUACAUCUACGUCUCCAUCUACAUCUGCAUCGACAACGAUAUCUACAUCUACAUCUAAUCUACAUCUACAUUGUCCUUGACAUUGACAUUGAUAUUGACAUCGACAUCGACAUCGACAUCGACAUCUACAUCAACAUCUACAUCGACAUCUGCAUCAACAUCUACAUCAACAUCGAUAUCGACAUCUACACUGUGCACAAAACACAGGCUCACCACGUCCAGUCGAUCCAAUCUUCCUGCACGUCCGCGACCCAUCCGCAAUCACCGCUGCUGCGCGACGCUGACCGCUGA